AUGUCUUUCGGGCGAUCGGCCUUCUCUGACAACCUCCUCAAGAGAAAGCGCGGUACGCCACCAAAAGAAAUCGAUUUGGACGAAGCAAUUGAUGAAGUUGAGACAUGGCAACGUCUCACCUUCGACCCUCUAUGGUUCGAAACUGUGAAAGCCCAAGCCAAACAAUUCGACGCCAUUCUACAAGAGACUGCAAAGGAUAAACUGACAUCAACGGCCAUUUCAGUUCGCAACCCUCUAAGAAACCUCGCUUCCAGCAAUGUCUUCUUGCCUGCUCAUCAACUAGAAUCCGCCGAAAAGGCCAGGGCCGCGUACAGCACGGUCGAAUUGAUUAAGGUAGACGACAAAUGGCGCCUCCGCGACAGCACCCGAAAUCUACACAAAAACUUUGUUCGCGAAUUGGCUGUGAAGCUCAACAGCGCCAAUCCAGCAACUUUUGGUCUUUUGACCUGUCUUGGUGCAGCCCAACACCAACCUAGCCUCGCAUUUAGCAUCAUUUUUCGCAUGCCCGAUAACAUGGCUGCACCAGAAACACUGCGUGCAAAGUUACCGUCUACCACCCCAUCUCACUCUCUCUCAGACAGGUUUCGCCUCGCGAUCCAGCUAGCGCGCGCUGUCUUCCACUUCCACACCUUCGACAUGGUGCAUAAAAGUAUCCGACCGGAGAACAUCCUUCUCUUCCGCGACUCCGAAUCUACGCUGGGUUCAGCGUUUCUCCUCGGAUUUGAAAGAGUCCGUCGUGAUGAAGACGAUACGCGACUAAGUGGCGACGAAGACUGGGCAAGGAAUCUCUGCCGUCACCCUCAACGACAAGGACCCAGACUUCAAGAGCGCUACAUCAUGCCACACGACAUAUACAGCCUGGGGGUUUGCUUGCUAGAAAUUGGACUCUGGAGCUCCUUUGUAGAUUACACGCCAAGUAGGACACCAAUUUGACCCAAACACUCUGAUCUUUUCGAAGCUAGUGCCACACCAGGGGACUCUACAGAAUCGAUCAAAUCCGGGCUUUUGACAUUGGCGUUGCAUGAACUACCUAGGAAGAUGGGGACCAAAUUUGCCAAAGUUGUCGAGUCUUGCCUCACAUGCUUGGACAUUGGAAAUGAGGAUUUUGGCGACGAAGUGCAGCUACAAGAAGAGGGUACGAAUGUUGCUAUUCGAUGUAUCGAGAAGGUGUUACUUCAACUAAGUGAGAUAUCAGUCUGACGAUACUCGGUCUUCACGCUUACUUCGUGUUCCAACUCUGUCUGCAUCGUCAGACCAAUGUUUUCCUUGCUCUCUUUGUUUUGUUUCUCGUCUCAGUCUCAAAGUAAUCACAACAACUAUGCCAAAUCAUGCCUUCGUCUAACAUACCCCGCCUACCCUAAAAUUCCAUGUCGCGAAGACACGCCAACAGUGUUUCUCUACUAGCAUCAAACAAAGUUGGAAAGUUCUACUGUUACGCUCUUGUAUGAUGGACAUGAAUCUUGCGAUAUUAUUGUCAUUCCCACUAAAUCCACAAUCAAGGAUAUGUAUACCACUGUGGUAAACAGAACGUCUUUUGUAUGUGUCGGAUCUCAUUGGUCGUGAUGG